UAGGGUUUAAUUACCGAAAAAGAUACAGCUAUUAAAGGUUUCAUUUUUUUUUUUUUGGUGAUUUGAAACGCUCUAUUCUCUCCCUAGAUUUCACAAACUUCACACCUAGGGUUUGUUAGACGCUGUCCGGUUCUUCAGGUUAGGUCUUAUUUUUCGUUUUUCAUUCCCCUCAUUUUUUGGAUUACUGUGAUCUUGAUUCUUUGAUAAAACGUGUAAUAGGCAAUGGCUUCGAGGUUUUGGACUCAGGGUGAGAGUGACUCUGAGGAAGAGGAGAGUGAUUAUGAUGAAGAGGUGAGUGCCGGUGUUGCGGGUGAGUCUGCCACUACGACCGCUGGAAGCAGAUAUCUUAAGGAGGCUGCUAGCGAUAGUGAUGACUCCGAUGGGCAGAAGCGUGUUGUCCGAUCUGCUAAAGACAAACGCUUCGAGGAGAUGUCUGCCACUGUUGAUCAGAUGAAGAAUGCAAUGAACAUUAAUGAUUGGGUUAAAUUGCAAGAUAGUUUUGACAAGAUUAAUAAACAGCUCGAGAAGGUCAUGCGGGUUGUUGAAUCAGAAAAAGUCCCAACCCUCUACAUUAAAGCUCUUGUGAUACUGGAGGAUUUUUUGAGUCAGGCCUUGGCCAAUAAGGAUGCAAAGAAAAAGAUGAGUACCAGCAACGCUAGGGCCUUGAAUUCAGUGAAACAAAAUCUGAAGAAGAAUAACAAGCAGUAUGAGGAUCUGAUUAAUAAGUACAGGGAGAAUCCUGAGAGUGAGGAUAAAGGGGAUGAAGAUGAACAGACGGAGGACGACGAGGAUGAAGAAUCAGAGUUUGAGGAGGACCCAUCGAAGAUUGCCAUGGGGUCCGAGGAUGAGGAUGAAGAAGAAAAGGGUGGUGAUAGCGCGGGUGAGGGUGAUGGGUGGGAGAAGAAAUUGAGCAAGAAAGACAAGAUGAUGGACAAGCAGUUCAUGAAGGACCCAAAUGAAAUCACAUGGGACGUAGUUAACAAGAAGUUCAAAGAGAUUGUUGCAGCACGGGGUAGGAAAGGUACCGGCAGGGUUGAGCUGGUUGAACAGCUUACCUUCCUUACCAAGGUGGCUAAGACCCCUGCUCAGAAGCUUGAAAUUCUGUUCAGUGUUGUAUCAGCGCAGUUCGAUGUUAAUACGAGCCUCAGUGGGCACAUGCCUAUAAAUGUCUGGAAGAAGUGUGUGCAGAAUAUGCUUUUUAUAUUAGACAUUCUAGUCCAAUAUCCUAACAUUGUGGUUGAUGACACAGUGGAGCCUGAAGAGAACGAAACCCAGAAAGGUUCGGACUUCAAGGGAACGGUACGGAUUUGGGGAAAUUUGGCAGCCUUCCUUGAGAGGAUAGAUGUUGAGUUUUUCAGGAGCUUGCAGUCCAUUGAUCCACACACUCGUGAAUAUGUGGAGAGGCUAAGGGAUGAGCCCACAUUCUUGGUUCUCGCUCAAAAUGUUCAGGAAUAUCUAGAACGAGCUGGAGAUUACAAGGCUGCUGCAAAGGUAGCACUAAAGCGGGUUGAACUCAUCUAUUAUAAACCGCAAGAGGUAUAUGAUGCUAUGAGGAAGUUGGUUGAGCAGACAGAAGCUGGAGAGAAUGGAGAAGCAGAGGGAGGUGAGGAGCCUAAAGUGGUUGAGGAAAGCAGGGGCCCACCUGCAUUUGUUAUUAUUCCCGAGCUUGUGCCUCGCAAAUCCACCUUCCCAGAGAAUAGCAGGAUACUGAUGGAUAUCCUAGUUUCGCUCAUAUACAAGUAUGGAGAUGAGCGGACUAAGGCCCGGGCAAUGCUUUGUGACAUAUACCACCAUGCUAUACAGGACGAAUUUUCAACCUCCCGUGAUUUGUUAUUAAUGAGUCACUUGCAGGACAGUAUUCAACAUAUGGACAUUUCAACCCAGAUACUUUUUAAUAGGUCUAUGGCACAGCUAGGUCUAUGUGCAUUUAGGGUGGGACUAGUUGCUGAAGGACAUGGUUGCCUUUCUGAGCUAUAUUCAGGUGGUAGGGUGAAGGAGUUGCUUGCCCAAGGUGUCUCUCAAAACCGAUAUCAUGAGAAGACUCCUGAACAGGAACGGCUGGAAAGGAGGCGACAGAUGCCAUACCACAUGCACAUAAAUCUUGAGCUUCUUGAGUCUGUCCAUUUGAUAUGUGCCAUGCUGCUGGAGGUUCCCAACAUGGCAGCCAACCGCCAUGAUGCCAAGCGCAAAGUCAUAAGUAAGACUUUUAGGCGAUUACUUGAGGUGAGCGAGAGGCAAACGUUCACUGGUCCACCUGAAAAUGUCAGGGACCAUGUCAUGGCAGCUUCCAGAGCUCUUAGCAAGGGAGACUUCCAGAAGGCUUUUGAUGUCAUCAGGUCCCUUGAUGUCUGGAGGCUCUUCAAGAACCGAGAGAAAGUUCUUGAGAUGCUCAGGUCGAGGAUCAAGGAAGAAGCUGUGAGGACUUAUCUUUUCACAUAUUCAUCAUCUUAUGAUUCUCUGAGCUUGGAUCAGCUGGCAAAGAUGUUCAAUCUUUCAGAUGUCCAGACCAACAGCAUUGUCAACAAAAUGAUGAUUGCCGAGGAGCUCCAUGCAAGUUGUGACCAACCAACCCGGUGCCUGGUCUUCCAUGAUGUUGUGCACACAAGGUUGCAGGCUUUGGCGUUCCAGUUGGCUGAGAAGUUGUCAAUCCUUGCAGAAAGUAAUGAGAGGGCUGUAGAAGCAAGGAUUGGUGGUGGUGGUGGAUUGGACGGUCUAUCCCAGAGGCGAAGGGAUGGCCAGGACUAUGCUGCUGCAGCAGCUGCUUCUGGUGGUGGCAAGUGGCAAGACAUGUCUUCAUCACAGGGAAGGCUAGGCAGUAGCGGUGGGAGACAAGGGCACAGCAUUGGUGGUGGAAGACCAUUGGCUCAUGGCCAAACUUCUUGGGGAGGCUAUUCUCGGGACCGGGCGACUCAGUCCCGAGGAACAGGAGGAUAUUCUGCUGGCUACCAGAGCAUGCGGCAUCAAGGUGCCACAUAUGGAGGACUUGGGAGAACUUAUGAUACAGGUCCGGGAAGGGGUUCCCAGAUGGAUGCUUCAAACCGCAUGGUCAGUCUCAAUAGGGGUAGUCGACAUAGUUAGAGCGACAAGAUCUAGUUCAAUAUUUGCAUCUUGAAUUAGAAGCUUAUAUUUGAUCUAUUGGUACUCUGCUGGUUCCGAGAUUUUGGCUAUAGUGAACAGAAUUUUGUUCUGAUUUCAAAAAUUUUGUUCUCACUUUUUUUUUUUUGAAGUUUUAAAUGGAAUUUAGAUUCUCAAGUCAUUUAUGGCAAUCAUUCCCUUUCUUUCUCGUGUA